AUGCUUCCAUCAGCUCUCUGUGUCUAGCUGGAUGCUUAGCCUUUUUUUGUUUUUCUGUGCGUGGCAAGCUUUGGCUGAGGUCUGAUGGCUUUGAGGACUCAUGACCGUCACGACUAAUGACGAUGUGAGAAUCUGCAGGGUGUGGUUUCCUCACCCAUCUUUUGCAGACUGAUGACAAGGUGUUAAAUGGAUUGGACUGUUUAGGAUACAGUCAAGGGGGGAAACAUUAGGAGCCAGCACAUGUUUUUUUGCUUGUUUUAUUUUCCUUACCGCCUCCAUACUUCCUUCUGAUUUUGUCAUGGGUUCAGGCCCAUCCUGUCCUUCCUGGUUGUAUGGCGUUCUGAUUACAGAGAGAGACUGGUUUCAUACUUGUUUCCACGUUGCGUUUUUGAAUUUGUUAGGGAAUGCAAGGAGCCAAAGGAUAAUCGCGUGGCAUCACUUUGGGAUCGGAAAGCAAUGGAAAGAGUUCUUAUUUUAUGGAUUCUGCGGUGCCAGAUCAGGAUUGAUAUCGGAGGGACAGGGUAUUAUUUUGUGUGUGCGCACAUCGAAAGGCAAGAUGAAUUGUGUUUGCUAGUUUACCCAUGGCCUCCGUGUACCUACUUCGUAUAUUUAAGUAGAGAGGACUUGAAUCGGGUUUCACUCUACCAGACUAGAAGUUGUCUAGCACUUUUUACAUAAAUUCACAUCAUGCACCUAC